GCAUGGAUGCAGGGUAGGACCCUACGUCACACCUGGCGGCCUAUCCGCUCUCCGGAUGCCAGGAAUGUCGGCCCUCGACCCGACCCGACUACCGCACAUAUUCCCAUACGAACACUUCGGCCUCAGCUCGGCACUAGCCGCAGCGAGCAGCAACAGUCAUUUAUCAGGGCUACCGGCGAGUUUCGGGUUACCUCACACUGGUCACCCUCCUUCCCUCGCAUCCAUGUUGUUCUACCCAUCUCCUCACUACUCGUUUGCCAUGCCGGCUCUACUCACCGAAUCCCUCUAUAAGGCGAACAAGAGCAGCAGCAUUGCCGACCUGAGACUGAAGGCGAAGCAACACGCGGCAGCUCUCGGAUACCAGUCGUGAGAACUCGCGAGAUCUCAUCGAUGACGACGGCGUCUGCUGGUGUGCGAACGCUGGGGACUCUCUGAUGGAACACCACGGGCAAGGAUGAGGAGCCGAGAUGUGAGGUCCGAUCACCCCGGGGAGCUGUCGACAAUUUAUAGCGAUGGAUCGUUGAGAAUUGAGUCUAUACGAAUGACCUCAGUGGGCUUUCAGAACUCUGCCCGCCAAAUCCUAUAUUGGAACGCAACUACGAAAGCAGCUUUCCGUGAAAUAGUUGAACUGAAGGAAUAAGGAAGACGGCCCAUCCUUCACCGAGGUUGCAUGACUCGCUCCCAUGUGAAGCGGAUUGGUCAUAUGUUCAGAAUAGCGGACCUACGUUAGGUCAGAAAGUUACUAACACAAUCCAAACUACGGCCG